AUGGAUGCCAUAAGCGACAAGUCCAUGGUCCUUCGGGGCAAGUCGGUCAAGUUUGCAGACACUACCGACGAGCCGCUGGUGAAGCGCCUAGGCAGCACAAGCAACCCCUCCGCACGAAACUCAUAUAAAUCUGUAAGGAAUACUCGAACUAAUACGUCAACAUGGCUAAACUCGAGCUCACGCAAUCGGGGAAAGCGCCGAUGGAAGCGCUUCACAAUGCGCUUGAACCCACGCUAUUGGGUCCACGUCCUCAACAAGCGCCUACCAAUUUUGAUGCCGGAAACCCGCAAACGGCGAUACUGGGAUUUCUUUGUUCUAACACUAGUCGUAUGGACAGCACUCAUUGUGCCGUUUGAGGUGGGCUUCGGUUCCAUAGGAUGGCGCGGCGAUUAUGCCAUGGAGCGUAUAGUGGACGCCUGCUUCUGGUUGGACAUUGGCCUGAAUUUCCGAACAGCUUAUAUCGAUCAUUCAGCAAACAUGGUGCGGGAUGGAGGUAAAAUUGCAGCACACUAUGUACGUACCUGGUUCUGUGUGGAUCUCUCCGCCUCCAUUCCCUUCGACGUUAUCGUGCUGUGGUUUGUGAAGAACAUUUCCAACGAGGGCCUUAUCGCGCUGGGGCUCCUGCGCACGCCACGUCUGCUGCGCCUGGGCCGCCUGCUGCGUUACUUCGACCGAAUGAAGGGCGCAAACAUAGUCCGCAUGGGCAAGCUGCUGUUCUUCAUGGCACUGGUAGCCCACUGGGUGUCGUGCCUGUGGUUCAUGCUGUACCGUCUGACUCACGGCAGCCUGGAUUGGUCGUACGACUCGCUGAGUAAUGCCAAGAUUAUGACGUUUUACUUGGAAGCAUACCUCCAAUCAUUUCUGCUCAUGAUUGGCAACGACAUCAGCCCCAAGAAUAACAUCGAGCGGCUGUACUGUACGGGCAUCCUGGUAAUCGGCGCCUGCUUUUACGCCAUCGUCGUGGGUCACAUGUCGCUGUUGGUCAACAACAUGAACCCAACCGCUUCAAGGCACAAGUUCAAAAAGGACAUUAUCAACAACACCGUGAGGUACUUGGGAGCCCCGCGCGACAUUGCCGGUCGCAUCGACCAGUACUUUGACUACCUGACCACGUACUCGCAUCCGGGACCUGACGGGAUGGCGCUCAUAUCGCAGCUGCCGUCGUCCAUGUUCCAGGACAUUGCCAUUUGGAUGUACAAGGACUUGGUGACCAAGGUGCCGUUGUUCAAGGAGUGCGAACCGGCCUUCAUCGCGCAGCUGGUGAUUCGGUUGCGACUGGCGGUGUUUCUGCCGUCGGAAGUCAUUUUCCGAAUCGGUGAUGUGGGUCACGAGAUGUACUUCAUAACCAAGUGCGUGGCGCUGUGCCACUGCGACCUCACACUGCUGAUGGCGCAUGACCUGGUGGCAGCCAUGAAGGACUUCCCGGACUCGGCGGAGAAGGUCCGAGCACAUGCCGUCAAGCGGCUCAAUGACAUGCAAACGGCUGGCAAGGUGGCGCGUGAGGCCCAUGCGUAUCCGGCACCCCGCCAUUUGAAGAAGCUCAAUCCAGCGGCAGCGGAGGCAGAGGAGCAGGCGGCCGUACAGAUCGGGGGAGGUAGCGGCGGCGGCGGCAGCGGACCCGGCGGCUUCGGCGGCAAUCCGCCGCCUGGAGGACCGCCCGGCGGCGGCGCCGCCGCGGGUGUUGGCGGCGGCGGCGCCGCCGCCGCCGUUGGCGGCAUUGGCCUUGCUGCGGCGACAGGACCCUUCUCCCCCUUAUUGGCGGGUAUUCCUGUCGGCUUUGAGGCCGGGGCCGACCGGACUGCCCUUCCGCCACCAUCUUUCGGAGCGCAGAACGCCGGCGGUGGCGCCGGCGGGGCAUCGGCUGGCGGGGGUGUUGCUGGCGCUGGCGGCGCCGCCACCUCCCCCGGCGACGGCGGCGGUACCGCGGCAGACCCCACCGCGGAUCUCUCCGCCAGCACCCUUCAGUUGGUGGAGCAGGUCCAGGCCACCAUCACCCGGCUGACGGGCAAGAUUGAGGCGCUGCAGGUGCCGUUGCUUUUACGGGAAGUAAAAGUUUGGACAGGGAAGGCGUUGCGGCCUUGCAGCAUCACGCUUUUUCGCCAUUGCAGGGGUAAGAUGGGCAAAAUACACACACGGCUCGGUCGGGUCGAGACUAACCCCAACAUCUUCAACACGGGGGCCCCCCUGGGCCCUAUGGCGGGAGACCCGGGGGGGGCUGGCAAGAACAUCUUUGACGUGGACUUCGCAGGCGGGAUGUAG